AAAGUUCAGGCAGGGCUCUGAACUCUGGACUCUGGGAAAGCAUUGACCAUGAGGUUGACCCUGUUAUUGGUUGCCCUAUUUGGGUAUAUCUACUGUCAAGAAACAUUUGUGGGAGACCAAGUUCUUGAGAUCAUCCCAAGAAAUGAAGAGCAGAUUAAAACUCUACUGCAGUUGGAGGCUGAAGAGCAUCUUGAGCUUGAUUUUUGGAAAUCCCCCACCGUCCCCAGGCAGACAGUCCACGUCCGAGUUCCUUUUGCCAGCAUCCAGGCCGUCAAAGUUUUCCUGGAGUCCCAGGGGAUCGAUUAUUCCAUCUUGAUCGAAGAUGUUCAAGUUCUCUUGGAUCAAGAGCGUGAAGAAAUGCUGCUUAACCAGCGAAGAGAGCGUGGUGGUAACUUCAACUUUGAGGCCUACCAUACCCUAGAAGAGAUUUACCAAGAAAUGGAUAACCUCGUGGCUGAGAACCCUGGUCUAGUGAGCAAAGUGAAUAUCGGUUCAUCUUUUGAAAAUCGGCCCAUGAAUGUGCUCAAGUUCAGCACCGGUGGAGACAAACCAGCCAUCUGGCUUGACGCGGGCAUCCACGCUCGAGAGUGGGUUACACAAGCUACUGCACUGUGGACAGCAAAUAAGAUUGCUUCUGAUUAUGGAACCGAUCCAGCCAUCACUUCUCUUCUUAAUACGCUGGAUAUCUUCCUGCUGCCUGUCACAAACCCCGAUGGAUAUGUGUUCUCCCAAACCACCAAUCGAAUGUGGCGAAAGACCAGGUCUAAACAGUCGGGGAGCUUCUGUGUUGGUGUGGAUCCUAAUCGGAACUGGGAUGCAAAUUUCGGAGGACCUGGAGCCAGUAGCAACCCUUGCUCUGACUCUUACCAUGGACCCAGGCCCAACUCUGAAGUUGAAGUAAAAUCCAUAGUGGACUUCAUCAAGAGCCACGGGAAGGUCAAAGCUUUCAUUACCCUUCACAGCUAUUCCCAACUGCUCAUGUUCCCCUAUGGCUAUAAAUGUACCAAGCCAGGUGACUUUAACGAGCUGGAUGAAGUGGCCCAAAAGGCUGCCCAGUCUUUGAAAAGACUACAUGGCACCAGUUACCAAGUGGGACCCAUCUGUUCUGUCAUCUACCAGGCCAGUGGCGGAAGCAUCGACUGGGCUUAUGACCUUGGCAUCAAAUACUCAUUUGCCUUUGAACUGAGAGACACAGGCUUCUAUGGCUUCCUCUUGCCAGCCAAGCAGAUCUUGCCCACAGCAGAAGAGACCUGGCUUGGCCUGAAGACCAUCAUGGAGCAUGUACGAGACCACCCCUAUUAGAGAUCUGGAGAAUAGACAAACACCAUUAAAAUCUCUGUGUUGUAAAGCA